AUGUUUGGUACGAAGCGGCUGACCCGGCAUUGGACGCAGUUGCGUACAUACUUCGAGCCAGUAUGCCCGGAGGUGGCCCAGCGCAUAACUAUGGUGUUUCGCACGGCGUAUGAGAACUGGUUGUUUCUCCGCUCAUCAUUCAGGCAGACUAGCAUGAAUGAGCGGCGUUCGGUUCUACACCAUAUCACCCAGACGGUGUCGGGCAAGACGUGGCGGGGGCAGGUGUCUUCAGCGUUCACGAUGUUGGAGAGGGCUUAUGCGGCCAUGAACUUGGAUGUCGUGUAUGACAUGAAGGAUCUCUUGCGGUCAGCAUGGGUGGGGGUAGCCCCUGCUACGCAGCUGGCGCGCAAUAACCUGAUAAUUCAAG